AUGGAGAAAAUCACCCCAUCGCGUCGCUAUCUCACGCCUCGCCCGGCCCAAAAAUGGUACGAACACAUCACGCUUGACUUGAUUUUCAAAGUCCUCAGCCAAACUUUCCUACACCCAUUUGUCGCGUGGAUUAUUGUGCUCUGUCUCCGUGCGCAAGUCACGCCAACAGACCACCCAGCAUGGAGAAUUGCUGUUGGAUACGCGGUCCUCCUGACGCUACUGAUGGCGGUUAGCAUAUUCGACCGUCGCAUUGCCUAUGGGCUGCCUCGAGAGGUGGAGCCCAGUCACGAAGUCAUCGUCAUUACGGGCGGAGGCAGUGGGUUGGGCCAGGUUAUUGCUCAGAUAUAUGGCAUGAGGGGCGCGAGUGUCGCGGUACUCGAUAUCAAGGAAGUCAGCGAGGUAGAAGGGUGGGAUGAGCUUUCAGGCGUGGAAUAUUACAAAUGCGACGUGGGUGAUAGGAAGGCGCUGGAAAUGACGGCAAAGAAAAUUGAGAAUGAUCUGGGAAAACCAACAGUGCUCAUCAAUUGCGCCGCAGCGUCGGUAAACGGUGUACCGCUGCUUUCACUGACCCCCGAAGCCAUGAAGAAAACAAUCCAAACCAACUUACUCGCGCCUUUUCAUUUACUGCAGAUUUUCCUGCCGGCCAUGUUGGACACGAACGUUGGUGGUGUUAUAGUCAACGUGAGCUCUGUCCUUGGGCAUCUCACAGCCGCUGGCUUAUCAGAUUACUCCGUCAGCAAAGCUGGCCUGAGUACGAUGCAUAAAUCACUAGAAGUUGAACUGAGGGCAUCCGGCCAUGACGACAAGAUUAAGACUCUGCUAGUGGAGACUGGACAGCUUUCCACGCCUCUCUUCGACGGAAUCGAAACGCCAAAUCGAUUCUUUGCCCCUGUCAUCGAACCCAUCCAAGUCGCAUAUGAAAUAGUCUCAGCUAUUGAUAACGGACAAAGUGGUGUUAUCAGAUUGCCUGCCUUCGCCAAGAUGGUUGACUGGUAUGCAGUACUACCUGCUUCUAUUCAAAGGCUCGCUCGCUACCUCAGCGGAAUAGAUACAGCUGUCGCAAAGGCAUAUGAUCGUCAUACCCCCCAACCAAUGCAAGUAGUUUCCGAGACCGAAUCGGAGAGUGACGUAUGA